AUGAAAAAGAAAUCCCACUCUAAAGCUUCAGUAACUUCCUCAAACUCUUCUGGGUCUUCCUCUAGUUCUUCGUCAUCAGCUUCAUCAAGCUCAUCCAGUUCGGAUUCUUCUUCCUCCGAUUCCUCUUCAUCCUCCAAUACCUCUUCCUCUUCUUCCUCCAAAUCAUAUUUUUCCAAUUCUAGCUUUUCUUCAUCUUCUUCCUCUGGUUCAUGCUCUUCCUGGUCAUCUAAAGCCAGUCUGGAAAAUGUCCCAUUUGCUUCUCAGUCCAAGCAAGGUAUUCGCCGUCCACAGCACUCACAAUCAUGUAUGGAUAUCACUAGAGGAAGGAGAGCCUUUGAGGAUGAUGAGAAUGAGGAAGACACUAUGCCUCUAUUAGAAACUGCUGGUAAUCUAAAUAAGUCUACAAGCAAGGAAAAGAAUGUGGCUGCCAGAGAAAAAUGUGGAGGUACUGCCAGGAAAGCAAACUAUUCUCAACAACAGUAUGAAAAUGGCAAUAUCAGGCAAGAACAGAAUUGGGCUAAAGGGGCGUCAGUGGCUGCAAACAUAAGAAAGAGCAAGUCUAUGGAGGUUCUGUCCAGGCGGACAGAUCAUUCUGGUGUGGGAGAUUUGGAUGAGAAAGGUCUGGAGAAAAGAAAACAUGUGGACCAUAAGAACUUUGUGAAGGAGAAGAUGAAGUUCUCUGCCUUUUUGAAUGAAAUCACAAGGCAGGUGCUUAGCCCAUCAAGACUUACAUCCCUUGGGGUAACAGAUGUUCAAAAGCCCACUAGCCAUGGCCAGACCUCAGUGAAGUCUCCCAAGCCUGAACACAAAAGAGACAAGAAGUCAAAAAAUACCCCAAGCAGGCCAGGAAGCAGUGCCAGCUCUGUUACAUCAGCUGCCCACUCCCAUACCAGCAAGCACUCUCACACGAGCAAGCAGUCCCACUCCAAUAAGCAAUCCCAUUCCAGACGACACUCCCAUUCCAGCAAGAACUCCCAUUCAAACAAGCUUCCUUAUUCUGAAAAAGACCUUGAAUACCUACAACAGCACAAGAAUCAGAAAACUUUCAUCAUCAUUCCCAUCCAGAAUCUCAUCACCAUCGUUCACCUUCAUCCCAUCGCCACCACGGAACUCGUCGUAACCCAUCUCCACACCAUCAUUCCCCCCACUCUAAUUAUCAUCAUCAUUCACCCUCUCCAUCAGAUCACCACCGUGGAGCUCACCACAGCCCAUCUCCAAAGCAUCAUUCUGCCAAUUCAGGGACUCACCAUCAUCCUUCCCAUUCAGAAUCGAUCCAGUAUCCUUUUCAUGAAGAAUCACACCAUCAUCACUCAUCCUCACCAUCCCAUCAUCAACACGGAGGUCACCACCAUCAAUCCCAUAUGA